AUGUACAACAGCGGUAUGUGUCCUCCAUAUUUCCAGACCAAUCAAUAUAAUAAUGCUCAUCAUCAAGACCAGUCGUAUCAGCCCUACGUGUAUCCACCAAUCAUGCAACUUCCUGAGGUAACAACAGGACCCUGGUCUACUGGUCUCUGCGAUUGUCCUGAAGAUUGCCGAAGUUGUUGGUUAACCAUGUUUUGUCCCUGCGUCACAUUCGGACGUGUAUCAGAAGCCCUAGACUAUGGCACAGUGCCAUGUGUUGUGAGCGGAAGCCUGUACUUGAUGCUGAUGGUGGCGUCGUUGCUGGGGUGUUUCUGUGUGUGUACGUACUAUUCGUGCUUCUACAGAACAAAGCUGAGGCAACAAUACAUGCUGGAGGAGCAACCUUGUAACGAUUUCUUGGUCCAUUUUGUGUGCGAGUUCUGUGCCUUGUGCCAAGAGUACCGCGAGCUUCAGAACCGUGGCUACCUCAUGUCCUUAGGGUGGCAAGGCAAUGUUGAAAGGCAAAGACGAGUGGCGCUGAAUAUUAUGCAGCCUGUAGGCUUAGAAGGAGGCAUGAUUCGUUAG